AUGCUUCAUCUGAGACCAGAGAAUUUGUUGGUGCAAAAAACCCUGACGGAAGCGUGGAACGCUAAUGAAGCAGGAAGUCCCCUGACGUUGGAUAGAGUUAUUUCCGACUUUGAUUAUACAACACUGCAUGUGUCCAACUCUCCUGAUAUCAAAUCGACCUUGUUUUUGAGUAUCAAGACUAAGGCCUGGCAAAGCAUUUCCCAGUGUGGGAACGGAUUUUUGGAGCAUCUGGAGAGCAAGUACGCCGAGUUUCCAGGAAUCACGGCAUGCCAGCCAGAACAGGGUUUUGACUACACCCUGUCUGUAGAUCUCGGGCAGAUACAACCAGCUGCAAUUAUACAGUUGUCACUGCUCAAAAUCCAUGCGAUGAGUUUUGCAUUCCAACUGGCGUUCGAUGAGUUUGGCCAAUUGAGCCAGCAAGCGCAAGACCCCGCCUCAUUCUCGGGCUCCGACAGUUCUGGCACUGUCCGCAUGCUGCAGUAUCGGGACGACGAAAACAUCUUCAUCAAGCCCUCAAACGACCGAAUCACCGUUAUUUUUGAGACGUUUUUCCAGGACGAGACCGACAAGGUAUUUGGCAAAGUGUUUUUGCAAGAAUUUGUAGAUGCGCGCAAAAGGAAUCGUAGCAUUCAAUCGGCUCCGCAGGUGUUAUUUUCCCAUGAGCCUCCUCUCGAGGCUGCCCCCUUCACGUCAUCCCGCAAACUCGACAAAGACAGACGCUUCAUCACGUUUGUACUAUUCCCACGGCAUUUCCAAACACCGGAGCUUCAGUUCUCAUCGGUUUGCCACUUAACACUUUUCAGAAAUUAUUUCCAUUACCAUAUCAAAUGUUCCAAGGCCUUCAUGCAUUCGCGCAUGCGCUACCGUGUGGACACCUUCAUCAAAGUGCUGAACCGUGCCAAAGUGGACGAAGAAGAUGAAGGAGAACAACAGACAAGACGUACAAUUACGGGCAGGAAACUAGUUUAUUAG